AUGACAGGUUCAGAGGAUAGCCGUGCCGGUCUGCAGUGGACGAGCUUGAUUCGAGUCCAAGAGAACCUCAGAGAUGAACAAGAUUUUUGGGAUGAUGAAGGGGAAGAUGAGAAGGAUGACGACGACUUAAGCACAGGGAGCGGUGUUCCCCUAAAGAGUCAGAAGGAAAUUGUGGACAAACACAAUGAAAUAAGAAGAAACGUGCAGCCGACGGCCAGAAAUAUGCUGAAAAUGACGUGGAAUGAGACAGUUGGUGUGAAUUCUAGGAAAUGGGGUGACAAAUGCCAGAUGAAAAGCAGUCCCUUGGAAGACAGAACGCUUGAUGGUGUAUUGUGUGGUCAGAGUAUGUUCCAGUCAAAUUACCCCUACUCCUGGACAGAAGUAAUUGACUACUGGAAGAAUAAAGCUCAUUAUUUCAAGUAUGGCGUUGGGUCUAUUGACCCCGAACAAAACAUUUACGGAUAUACACAGGUUAUUUGGUAUCGCUCAUACCAGAUUGGAUGUUCUGUUUCUGUGUGCCCAAAUAAUAAACACACAUACGUCUAUAUCUGCCAGUACUGCCCUACAGGGAACAUAGAACACCUAAUAAAAACACCCUACAAAGAAGGCCCGUCUUGUGGAGACUGCCCUAAACACUGUGAGGAUAAACUCUGCACCAACCCCUGCAUGUAUUUAGAUCAAAGUCUACACUGUGCUGAAUUGAAAAAAAUGUUGGGCUGUAAAAAAGCCAAUAAGAAUGGGCAUUGCAAUGCCACCUGCAAAUGUAGCAACAAAAUUAAAUAA